AUGGGCCAGGCUGCAGGACCACCAGCGGCCCGACGAGGAGUGCCACCUGAGGCCCGACUUGUGGAAGUGGAGGCCGAGAGCCAGCCACUUCCCACGGAAGGACCUGCAGUGGCCAAGGAAGGAGAGCACCUUCUGGCAGUCACAGGAGCAUGCGGUGGAGGUGUCCUUGGCACUGCCCAACACCAAGAAAAGAAGAAGUUCGAACAGUUCAUCCGUGAUCCCUCGCAGUUCUUCAUCAAGUCCCUCAAGAGGAAAACGGUGGAGGUGUCUGAAAGGAGGAUGACGCCUCAAGAACGUGAGAACUUUCGAGGGGCGAAGUCCGUUGAGGUCCACAAGUUCAUCGCGGCUAAGGCGAUGGAGGCCUUGCCACCGGAGCUGAAACCUGACCGUUCUCAGGCUCUGCGUACGCGCUGGAUCUUAACCUACAAACAGCACGAUGGCCUCAAACCGAAGGCGAGAGCCGUAUUACUCGGGUUCCAGGACCCGGAGUACGCCAAUCGGCCGACCUUCGCGCCAACGAUGACCCGCUCUAGCCGACAGCUCCUUCUCCAGCACUGCGCGUGGCAGAAAAUGACAUGCUGGAAAGGAGAUGUGAGCGGGGCGUUUCUUCAAGGAAGAGAAUACCAGCGCAACCUCACCUGCCUGCCGGUUCCUGAACUGUGUGAGGGGAUGGGACUGCCCCCGGGAUCCGUGUGCCGCCUGAAAAAGGCAUGUUACGGAUUGGUGGAGGCGCCGAUCGAGUGGUUCGAGACGCUGAGCAGUUUCUUAUCAUCCAUCGGCUACCGCCAGCUUCGCAGCGACCCCUGUACUUGGAUCUAUACCGAAGGCUCCAAAGUCAUCUCUUUGAUCAGUGGUCAUGUCGAUGACUUUUUGUUCACAGGACGAGAAGACUGUGCAACAUGGAACCGCCUGAAGGAGCAGAUCCAGAAACAGUUCGAAUGGCAGGAGUGGGAGAAGGAUGACUUCACCCAGUGCGGGGUGAGGGUUCAGAGGCAACCAGAUGGUGGCUUCCACCUGGACCAACGACACUACGUUGAGGCCAUCCCCGCGAUCUCCAUCAGCAGGGAGCGACGUCGUCAGAAGCAUGAAGCCACCAGCGACCAGGAGAAGUCACAGUUGAGGGCUCUUCUGGGUGCCUUAAGUUGGCACGUGGGCCAAGUGGGCUUCAAGUACAGCGCACAUGUGGGCCUGUCACUGUCGGAGGUGACACACAGCACAGUGGAAAGCCUGGAACAGGCUAACAAGCUGCUGCAGGCGGUUCGCAUAGACAGCAAGGUUCCACUUCGGAUCCAUGCUUUUCCGGACACGACAAAGCUUUCCAUGGUUUCCUGGGUAGAUGCCAGUUCCCAGAACCGACCAGAUGGAAGCUCAACAGCAGGCAUUGUCAUAGGCCUGACACCGUCCGAAAUUCAGGAGGGCGCCGUGACCAGCGUGAGUCCCAUGUUCUGGAGAUCAGGCAAGAUAGAGCGGGUGUGCCGCUCUCCAGGAGCCGCAGAAGCUCGAGCUGCAAUUGAUGCCGAGGACAAUCUGUUCUUGCUGAGAUAUGCGUGGGCAGAAUUCUGCGGGCAUCAAGCAGACCUCUGGGAUCCAGAGGGCCAGGUUAAUCGCUUCCUUGCCAUGGGUCAGCAGUGGAGAAUCGUAGAUGACCCGGACAUGUUCUCCGGCCGUAAGCGGAAAGAGAAAGGGCUGAGCCCGCUCCAAAAUUCGACUGGGAUUGACUGUAAAGUGCCUGAGAGACCACCUUACACUCAGGAGGGCAUGCAAGAUUGUUCGAAGGACAAUCAAGUUGGGCAAGAGCUGCACUCACCAUACGUGCGUGCUGCCAGCCAUUCCGGCCCUGAGAUUCCUUACCGAUAG